CUGCCCGUGGCCCCUGCAACGCGUUCGCUCCGUCGCACGGUGACGGAGCCUUUGCCGCCGCGGUCGCGCCCGUCACGUCGCGGUUUCGGUUCGCGACGCGUGUCGUUCCGUGUAUAAACCGCGAAGUUUGCGUGCGCGCGCGUGCCGCCGUGUGAAAAGUGUCAGUGUGAUCAAAAGUGCAGCCUAAUUUGGCGGGAAUUCCGUGGAAAUUGUGCGAGCUUGUGCCUACUGUCGCACCUGUCAGUGUCCGCUGUUCGAGCCCGGCUCAGAAGCACUCAGAAAACCCGCAGUGUGACCGCUGUCCCCAAAGUGUCGUGCACGACGAGGAAACAAGGGUCGUGUGCGCCCCUAACCCUUAACCCCUAACCCCCAUCACAGUCGCCUCCAAUGGCGCGCUAAAGUUCAAGAGGACUCUCAUCAGCUCAACGCGACCAUGGGCAAGAGCGGCAGCAAGCUCAAGUCCAAGAACCGGAGCCAGAGCAUCGUCUGGAGCUUCCGGUUCCCGUCCAUCGGGUCGCUGUCUCGGCGCAGCAAGGCGAGCCUCUCGGCGCCGGUGGCCCGCCCCCACAUCGACACCCAGCGAUGGCUCUCCGUGCUCGAGCUCGACCAGUACUCCGAGCUGUUCAGCAAGUUCGACGGCGUCGAGGACCUGAUCCACUUCUCGGAGGGCGACAUCAAGGAGCUCGGGGUGCGCAACUCGUCGCACCGCGCGCGCCUCAUGUCGAGCCUCGUCGCGCUCAAGGCCAAGUACGAGAAAGGGACGCGGCGCGUGGACAAGGCCCAGCGACACAGCGUGGCCGUGGACCCUCGGCGGCUCAUCGUGGACCUGAGCGACCAGGCGGAUAUCCUGGUCGCCAGCAACGUCACCCAGAGCAAGAGCCUAUGUAACAUCACGAUGGACGAGCCGGCGGGCGACCCGACGGCGCUGCGCCGCCUGCUAGAGUGGGAGCUGUCGCUGGACUCGCAGGACCUGCGCUCGCACGCCUGGUACCAUGGCGCCAUCCCGCGGCACCGCGCCGAGGAGAUCGUGGAGCGCGACGGCGACUUCCUGGUGCGGGACUGCGCCUCGCAGCCGGGCAACUACGUGCUCACGUGUCGCAGCAAGGGCGCCUCGCUGCACUUCGUCAUUAACAAGGUCGUGCUGCAGCCCGACACGGUGUACGAGCGCGUGCAGUACCAGUUCGAGGCGGACGCGUACGACACGGUGCCGGACCUGGUCACGUACUACGUCGGCAGCGGCAAGCCCAUCUCGGCGGCGUCCGGGGCGCGCAUCCAGUCGCCGCGCAACCGCCUGUACCCGCUCUCCUUCUACGCCGAGAAGUACGCGCUGCACCAGGGCCUCGGCGGCCUGCAGGCCAUGUCGCCGAUGACGUCGCCGCUGACGGCGGUGCCGCCGCUGACGCCCGUCGGCGCGCGCAUGUCGCCCUACUCGUGCUUCCGCAGCCCCGUGCACUCGCCGCCCAGGUCGCGGCGCGCGGCCGCCGUGGCCUCGGACAUGGCGAGCACCCCGCCGCGCCUGCCGUCCAAGCAGCGCAGCCUGUCGCUCACGCCCAUGGAGGCCGUCAACGGCCACGGCCACGGCCACGGCCACGGCUACGGUCACGGCUACAGCCACGGCCGCCUCACCCUGAGCCUGGCGGAGCGCGCGCGCCCCGAGGAGCGCGGCGGUGGCAGCGCGGACGGCGUCGUCCUCGCGGCCUCGGCGGCCUCCACGCCGGUCCCGGGCCAGGGCAGCGGCCAGGGCGGCGGCCACGGCAAGUUCUCCACUCACUCGCUGCCGCGCAGCAACGGCAAGCUCAGCACGUGCAGGGGCACCUCCACCAUGCCGCGGCACGCGGCGGCCGCCAACAAGAUGCUCCGCGUCAACAGCGACCUGGAGGGCGUGGCGUCGCCCAGGGACGCGACGGACAGCCCGCCGCCCAAGCCCAGCCGGGUGCCGUCCGCCACCUCGUGCGCGGCGCCCACCACGCCCGGCGACGACCCCAACUUUGACGGCGACGUCGGCGACCUGGGCGACACGACGCCCGUCUCGGAGAGCGGCUCGUCGCUGGCGUCGGCCGCCGCGCUGCAGAGGGUGGCCAUGGCCUCGUACCACGCCUCGGGCUCUGACUCGGGCAACGGGUCCGGGGACUCGUCGGCGCAGAGCUCGGCCGCGGGGGACAUCCCGGACUCCGCGGCUGCCGCCGCGGCCGCCGCGGCCGCGGGGGCCACCGGCGGCACGCUCAAGCGCGGCGUCGUCAUGCCCUACCUGCCGUCGUCGUGCUCGUCCACGACGCUCAAGGCGUGCGACGACGGCCUCGCCACGCCCGGCCACGGCGUCGCGCCCGCCGAGCUGCCCAGCCUGCCCAGCGCCCUGGACCUGGACGGCUUCCAGACGCUGCUGCUGCCCUCGCUGGAGAACAAGCCGCUGGACGCCACGGCGCUGCAGGGCAUCAAGAUGAUGCUGCUGGAGAGCGGGUCGCGCAUCCUGGCCAACCACCUGACCCGGGACGACCUGGACCUGACGCUGGCCGCCACCGGUCCCAGCGGCCAGCCCUGGGACCACGACCUCGGGCUCGGCGUCAAGUCCGCCAUCGAGCUGUGCACGCUGCCCAUCGGGCGGCAGCUCAGGACGGACCUGGUGGAGAGGACGGAGUGCCUCAAGCUGCUGGUGGCGGUGACGAUCCUCACGUCGCCCACCGAGACAGAGCGCGCCGAGCUGCUCAACAAGUGGAUCCAGGUGGCGGUGGACACCAAGACGGCGCUGGGCAACCUGUACGGCUUCUGCGGCAUCAUGCUCGGCCUGUGCAUGCCGCAGCUGCAGCGGCUGGCCGCCACCUGGCACGUGCUGCGGCAGCGCUUCACCGACAGCGCCUUCAACUUCGAGGCCAAGCUGCGGCCCACGCUCAAGAGCAUGAACGAGUGCGCCAACCCGCAGGCGCCCAACACCACCAUCCCGCACCUGCUGCCCCUGCUGCUGCUCAACGCCCGGCCCGCCGAGGCCAUGCUCUCGGGUUCGGCCGCCUGCGGCCUGCCGCUGUCCACGCUCAACGCCUGCCUCGGCCCCUGGGAGUCGUCCACGUCGGACUUCGGCCUGGGCACGAUGUGGGCGCACCUCGAGGCGGCGCGGCGCCUCUGCGACGCGCUGCCCACCUUCCGCCGCAACGCGCAGAUCGUCCUGGGCGACUCCAAGGUGGACGACCUGCUGCUGGACGCGUUCCGCACCGAGUUCCACCUCAAGUUCCUGUGGGGGUCGCGCGGCGCCACGGUGCACGCCGAGGAGCGGCACGCCAAGUUCGACCAGGUGCUCACCGUCAUGUCGGAGAAGUGCGAGCCCGCCCCGCCGCCGCCCGGACCCGUGCCAGCCCCCGCCCUGGGCCCCGUGCACGGCCACCACGCGCACCACUCCAUCGGGACCAGCGUCUGAGCGGCCGGGACUGCCUUCGGCAUGUCUUAUUACGGGGCGAGGGGUUUCGUCAUCCCCUGUGAGUUACACCCCCUCCUGAGUCCCAGCGACUGGGUCGAUGAGAAACCGGUCUUACUGAGUGGAUAAUAAUUACAAGCGACGAAAAUUUGUAUUGUGUGACAUAAAAGAUUUCCUCUUUUGGAAAUAACCAAGGAAAGAAAUCACACUUUAUACAUGUAUUGUAUGUUUUGUUUUUCUUUUGUGAUGAAGAACAAUGUUGACUUAUGUUUUUUCUUUCAAGACUGCAACAAAUCAAAUUAAAAGGAAACAAGAUUACUCAAUUAUCCUCCAUUGUAGUCGUAGUUACAUUUUCAAGCUGGUUGUAUAAGUAUGGGAAGGUAGAUUUUCCAAAUUAAACUGUUUUAGGCAUACUCAAAAGCUUCUGUAAAUAAUCAAAACAGUUCUCAUAGGAAUUGCGCAGAACAAGAAGAAUUGAAGCUAUAUGGUAAGACGUAGAUGUUGUACCCCACCUAGCUACCUUUAUAAAGGAGGUACUUUUUGGAAACAAUAUUAUAAACAUUUUCUAUCAAGUUUAUCUAUUAUAUCAGUAGCUUUUGUAUGUUUUCAAUUUAUUUAUUACUGAAACGUAAGAGAAAAAAUAUGUUGAAACGCCCAAUUUUUAAAAUGUUUUGUAUGUUUUAACCAACUUUGUAGCUAAGGGCAAAAUUUUCUUCCCAUAUACAAAUAAUACGAAAAUCCAAUGAAAUGUACUACAGCAGGCCUCUAGAAUUAUUUUUGCAAGAAAUUGAAAAAUUCAGAACAAACUUCUAGACAUUCCAAUCUAGUCAAGUCACAUUAUGUGAUACUAAUCAUAAAGUAGUCAUUACCUAAUUAAUGUAAAUAUAAAUUAUAAAUAUAUACAAAACUUUGUAAAUGAAUGUACUAAUUAUUGUAAAUGUACUAUACUGAAACUGCAUGUUUUCAAUAAACAAGUUUUACCGGACUCCA